AUGUCCAAUAAAGAAUUACCUGUGACAUCCGAGACACAACCAAAAACCCCUUCAGCCGAGACACAACUAAAAACCUCUUCAGCCGAGACACAACCAAAAACCUCUUCAGCCGAAACAGCCAAAAACCUCUUCAGCCGAGACACAACCAAAAACCUCUUCAGCCGAGACACAACUAAAAAACCUCUUCAGCCGAGACACAACCAAAAUCCUCUUCAGUCUAAACACAACCACAAACCUCUUCAGCCGAGACACAACCAAAAACCUCUUGCCGAGACACAACUAAAAAAUCUCUUCAGCCGAGACACAACUAAAAACCACUUCAUCCGAGACACAACCAAAAACCUCUUCAGUCGAGACACAACCAAAAACCUCUUCAGUCGAGACACAACCAAAAACCACCUCAGACGAGACACAACUAAAAACCUCUUCAGUCGAGACACAACUAAAAACCUCUUCAACCGAGACACAACUAAAAACCACUUCAUCCGAGACACAACCAAAAACCUCUUCAGUCGAGACACAACCAAAAACCACCUCAGCCGAGACACAACUAAAAACCUCUUCACCGAGACACAACCACAAACCUCUUCAGCCGAGACACAACUAAAAACCUCUUCAGUCGAGACACAACUAAAAACCUCUUCAGCCGAGACACAACUAAAAACCACUUCAUCCGAGACACAACCACAAACCUCUUCAGCCGAGACACAACCACAAAUUAACCUCUUCAGCCGAGACACAACCACAAACCUCUUCAGCCGAGACAAACUAAAAACCACCUCAGACGAGACACAACCAAAAACCACCUCAGCCGAGACACAACCACAAAUUAACCUCUUCAGCCGAGACACAACCACAAACCUCUUCAGCCGAGACACAACCAAAAACCUCUUCAGCCGAGACACAACCACAAACCUCUUCAGCCGAGACACAACCACAAACCUCUUCAGCCGAGACAAACUAAAAACCACCUCAGACGAGACACAACCAAAAACCACCUCAGCCGAGACACAACCAAAAACCUCUUCAGCCGAGACACAACCAAAAACCUCUUCAGCCGAGACACAACCACACACCUCUUCAGUCGAGACACAACCAAAAACCUCUUCAGUCGAGACACAACCAAAAACCCCUUCAGCCGAGACACAACCAAAAACCCCUUCAGCCGAGACACAACCACAAAUUAACCUCUUCAGCCGAGACACAACCACACACCUCUUUAGCCGAGACACAACCAAAAACCCCUUCAGUCGAGACACAACCAAAAACCUCUUCAGUCGAGACGCAACCAAAAACUUCUUCAGUCGAGACACAACCAAAAACCUCUUCAGUCGAGACACAACCAAAAACCUCUUCAGUCGAGACGCAACCAAAAACCACCUCCGCCGAGACACAACUAAAAACCUCUUCAUCCGAGACACAACCACAAACCCCUUCAGCCGAGACACAACCACAAACCUCUUCAGCCGAGACACAACUAAAAAAACCUCUUCAGCCGAAACACAGCCAAAAACCUCUUCAGCCGAGACACAACCAAAAACGAUGACGUUCUAUUAUAUACCAUGUGUGUUCUUUGCGUGA